CGGUGGCAGGGAGGCAGGUGGGCCUCGGGGCCGCGGCGGGGAGGCCGCGCAGGGCGGGCGGGCGGUGACGGGGGCGGACGGGGUCCUGGCUCGCGGCCCUUUCUCUGCCCCGCGGCCGGCGGCGCUGCCGGGCGUGCCCCAGCCCCCCGCCAUGCUGUACCUCAUCGGGCUGGGACUGGGGGACGCCGAGGACAUCACGGUGAAGGGCCUGGAGGCGGUGCGGCGGUGCGGCAGGGUGUACCUGGAGGCGUACACCUCCCUACUGCCCGCCGGCCGUGAGGCGCUGGAAAAGUUUUAUGGAAAAGAAUUGAUUUUGGCUGACCGAGAAAUGGUGGAACAGGAAGCAGACAGCAUCUUAAAGGACGCCGAUGUUAGCGAUGUCGCUUUUCUCGUUGUUGGCGAUCCCUUUGGGGCCACGACGCACAGUGAUUUAGUACUACGUGCAGUAAACUUGGGGAUUCCGUACAGGGUCAUUCACAAUGCCUCCAUAAUGAAUGCAGUAGGAUGCUGUGGACUACAGUUGUACAAUUUUGGAGAGACGGUUUCUAUAGUUUUCUGGACAGAUACAUGGAAGCCAGAAAGUUUUUUUGACAAGAUCAAGAAGAACAGGCAGAACGGAAUGCACACACUGUGCUUGCUUGAUAUUAAAGUGAAGGAGCAGUCUGUGGAGAAUCUAAUGAAAGGAAGGAAGGUUUAUGAGCCGCCGCGCUACAUGAGCGUGAACCAAGCUGCAGAACAACUUCUCACCAUUAUUCAAAAUAGGAGGCUCCAAGGAGAAGAACCAGAAAUUACUGAAAACACAAUUUGUGUUGGACUUGCACGUGUGGGUGCUCAAGAUCAGAAGAUUGCUUCAGGCACGCUACAUCAGAUGUCCACAGUGGAAUUAGGCGGUCCACUACAUUCCAUGAUCGUUACAGGCACUAUGCACCCUCUGGAAUUAGAAAUGCUUAAGCUUUUUUCUGUAGAUAGUUCCACGUUUGAAAACAAUGCAUUUCAAAGGAACGCUUAAAUAAAAAUAGCAUUUUUUUUUAUUUGAUCUCUACAUUCCUGACAGCAUAUAGUUAUUUUUCUGAAUAAGUAAUGCUUAGAUUAAAUGCAUUUAGAUUGUACUUAGCUACAGAAGAUAACACUGUACGAACAUUGACCUGCUUUAACUUCAGACUACAAACUGCAAGAUACACCUGCUAGUAUGUUUUCAUCAAGUCAAGACAUCUUCAGAAGCCUCUAAAACCUUAAUGCUUUACUUUGUCUAGUUCAGUUCAUCAACAUCUCCAUCCACCUUAGGUUGAUCACAGGGACAAGGGGUGCAAGUACAAAACUGAAGAGCUAUACCAGAUGUCUACGUGGCAUCACUUCUCUGUAAAAACAAUUAAUCAAGUCUAUUACAACAG